ACAACUUUAUUUUCAUAAAAAAUAUUUCGGUAUUCGGUAAUAUUAUGCGAUAUCGGAUUAUAUAUUUUAAUAUUUAUCGUUUAUCUCUCACAUUGAUAUUGCUGGCCAAGUUGAAAUAUCCCGCUUUCCACAAGCUGUAAUGGCGGAAAACAAACAUCGGAAGUGAGCGUGACAGCUAAUAUUGUUUGUAUGUUAUAUAGUUAUUAGAGCUACUCAGAGAGAAAGAGAGAGAGAGAGAGAGAAAGAGAGAGAGCGAGAGAGAGAGAGAUAGAGAGAGAGAGAGAGAGAGAUAGAGAGAGAGAGAGAGAGAGAGAGAGAGAGAGAGAGAGAGAGAGAGAGAGAGAAUCAGAGUCUAUCAACCUGGGGUUAUGCAGGGUCGCUGAAGCGAAGUGAUUUCACAGGGUUGUCGUCCGGCAUUCUUACGACGUGACCGGCCAACCACAACCUAUGCAAUGGGGUUCUCUCCAAGCAGCGCGUGCAGUUCAUGAUUCAUGCACUGUCGUCGCCAUUAUCUAUCGUCCGUCGGUACUCCACCUUAGAUAGUCCGCAGCACCUUCCGUUCGAAAACUCCAAGGGCGUUAAGGCCCUCCACCAGAAGCGUCGUUAUAUUGAUUCCGUAGAGGACUACCGGUCGUAUCAGGUACAUCGUCAACAUUUUGCUUCGUCGCACUAGACUCGAUUUUAGCAUGCUGCUUUACUAGGGCUGCGAUGCCUAGUCUCGCGACGAGGCUGCCGUAUUGGGUGUAGCUGGCGAGACACCGCAUUUCUUAGCGAAUUUCUUCAUUUAUUAGCGAAUAGCGAAUUUCUUUAUUCCAUUGUGUUCGGGAAAAUUUGCCGAGUAAUAAUGAAACGACAUCGCAAUUUACGACGCAUAUGAGAAAGAGAUGCCAGAUAAUUGUUUACGAAUUGAGCACGUGCGGUGGCGGGUUGAAGCUGACAAAUUUUACAGUGCGCUUCGGGCAGCACGCCAGGUCAAUACUGGGUCAAUAUCGAGCGAAUAAAGAAGAGUUUUGACAGCGGUUCGGUUGCUUCCAGGUCAAAACGAGGUGACCUGGUGGAAUAAAGAAAUUCGCUAUUAGUUCAACAGUCCGCUGCGGAUCAGUCGCUGUUUAAGCCGCUCCUAUCCUGGGGAACAGACGCUCAAACAAGUUGCUCUCCAAGGAGAACAGCUACCCCUUCCCUGUCAGCCCACCGGUUCACCGAUGUUCUCUUGGUUACUCGUAUUCAAGUCGGUACUACGUAGAAGUAGGGAUAUGGCACUAAGCCUUGGACCACACUAGGGUCUAUUUUAUGUUAGUUGGCCAGUUGGCACGGCCGUAUUGCUGGUACGCACUGCCCAGCCGUUUACCAAACCUGGCUCUCAAUAUCGAUUCAGUGUUGUUGAAAGAGCGUUGAGCGUUGACGCUGUGAUCAAGAUAUUCAAUACAUUUUUGGAGAUUCAAUCCCGAUUGAAGUGAUUUUUUCUACUGUUACGACACAAUUUUAUUCUUUAUUAAAUUUGCGCAUUUUACCUUUUUUUCCUCUUUUUUUUAAAUGAAAUGUAUGGAAACUAGCCCCCCUAGAAAUUUUCCUUAGUUUCGCCCAUGAUUGUACCUGAUUGCAAUACCUCGUUUGGCUCGGAUUUGGACAUGUUCGUUUGGCUCACAACAUUCUCAUCACAUAUCUCUCACUCUGAGUAUUGCUAAUAGUUAUAUAGGUUAUGAAAUAUUCGAUAUAGAUUUUUUAUGUCUUGGAAAUUCUUAAAACGUCAAGAUCCGAAGUUGUUUAAGAGAAAAAAACCGGAAAAACGACUUUCUUAAACAUUCGAAUUUUUGAACUGAGAAACUUCCUCAUCUCAAAAAUUUCUAAGUCUCAUAAAGUCGAUAAAUUGCUUAUUGUUUCUACAAAAAUGGCAGGUAUUUGGAUAUUUUCGGUGCAAUAAUCACAAUAGGUUCUUGUUUUGCGCGAAUUUAUUUGUAUAAUAAAAAUCAAUAUAACACAUGUUUAUCACAAAUAAAGAUUCUGCUGAACGGAGUCCUGUGCUUCAAAAUUCAUCAUGGAAACUUUCUGCAGUAUUUAUCAUUUUUGAUGAAAUGAAAAUUGUUGACUUGGACAAAAUCUGUAAAUUGAUUGAAGAAUAGCACAGUAUUACAAAUAGGUAUAGCUUAAAAUCAAAACUUCAAUGAUGGUGAAAUUUGGGGUACGACUCAUAUGUCAUAUUGUUGUGUCUACAUACUUGAUUGGGCCAUUCAAACGACCGUAGUUUAUUUUGUAGUGCGCAAAAAUAAUAAUUUUCCCAACAUCCGGGAACCAAGUUGAUUUUUUUCAAUAUAUUUCAGUAUUUUAAACAGACAAAUUACUUUUGUUCUUCAUAAAGAGAUACUGUAGUAACUACGAAAGAGUUCCACAUGUUGUAUUAAAAAAUGCGAAGUUUCGCAUAAAAGAGGGGUGCCCAUUUCGCCCCGUGUGCUCAUUAUGCCUUUAAUCCCCCUACAAUAUUUAAAUGGCAAAUAAGAAGCGCACGCCGGUACUGUAAAAAUGUAAAAUACAAAAUUAUGGAACGGUUAUCUCGUGCAUGUUUAAAACCAACGAAUGAACUUUGUGUUGUUAAGAGAUUUUGUUUUGAAGUCAUUUGUUGGCCGCUGUUUAUGAGAACGUCGUUUAGGACUUCUUUUCUUAAGUGUUCACUUUUUACAUUCUUCGCCUGCUAAGAGCAAUAUUGCAAUAUGCAGAAUGUCUUUUUUCAAUUUUAUAAAUACACUAAAGUCGCUUUUUACGCGUUUUUUAUGCGGGUUUUUUUUACGUCUUUAAAAAUUUGUGAAUAAUGACAGUUUUUUAGCGCAUUUCACAGUCAAAUUGCUUGAAUCAAAUUCCCACAUAUUCACUGAUUUUUCCCGAUUUUCCUUUUCUUUCUAAUUUUCAUCAUUCGCAGUUGGACUGCGGUUCCCGAAAUUUACGCGGCGCGUAUUCCUGCGAAAAAAACCAACUCCAGGAUAUAUUACACUACAUUUAUUGGGGUCUCAUUGAAUAUUAGGCAUGGAAAAUAGUUUCUGCAGAGUUCAAAUUGUACUUUAAUUCUAUACUGUAUGUUCUCCUCCUUGUUAGCACAAAUCGACUAUGACAGAUGUAAGCGCAAGAACAGUAAAAUUUGAAGAUCUAUUAUUAGAUUAAAAGCAACGAAACAAAUUUGCCACUAAUCUCGCGUCCAGUUCAUUUCUGUACUCUGGCAUAGAUGAAACUCACUCGAAGAUAUUUUGUUAGAUCGAGGAAUCAUAAGUAUGAUAGAAAAGUUUCUAAUUAUGUUGCUCAUAGCGGCUGCGGUAAACGCUAAAUUAGAUAACCCAGAUGAUGUAUCAUUGUGUUCUGGAAGUGACUUAGAGAAAUACGUGUUCGAUGCAUCAUGGCAUAUUUUAGCUGGUGUCAUCUGUAUCGUUCUUCUGUUGGCGGUUUCAUUUAUUUACUACCACAUUCAUGGACUACGAAGUGUGCACGGUUUUAUGUUUUUCUAUCUUCUGUUUGGAUUGCUCACUUUGUACUUUAGUUUGAUAGUUAUCAACUUCAAAUUUUCUUUUAUUCCAUGUGCAUUUAAUGGAUAUUUGCUUGGGUUUACUACACUUUUUUGUAUUUGUUGGAUGAACGUUAUGUGUCUCGAUAGUUUUCUUGUUUUCCAUAAUAUCGAUAUGAGUAAAACAAAACAAUUUACGUAUUGCUGCUUUUAUGGGAUCGGAGGUCCAGCAAUUUAUCUUUUUGGCUGUUUUCUUUUAAAUCAAUUAGAAUUAGAUCUGGCAAGUAAACCACCGUUUUCUGCAGUAGGUUGCGGUCUAAAGGAAAAAACUGCUGAUCUCUACUACUUUUAUUUGCCAUCUCUAUUACUUGUUGUCGCAAGUGCCAGUCUCCUUAUAUGGACGGCUUGGCGCGUAAAACAUCUUCAGCGAGUUUUAAAACACAAUACGGUUCAAUUCGAUAGGAGCGCCGACCGAGAAAAACUAACGCUCACUUGGCGACUUUUCGUAAUAUUAGCUUUUCUAUAUGGUUUGCAGUACUAUGCUUGGGUUACGGAAUCGAAUUGUUGGCUUCGAUUUCUAACUAGCGUCUAUGUAUAUAUUACGGGUCUGUUUAUAUUUCUCAUAUGCAUUUGCAACCGUCGCGUAUACGAUUGUUUUUUAAAUCUUCGUUGUUUAAAGUAGAUCACAAUAAAGUUUGACAAAAUGCAUUUAUGUAUCAAUC